GCUCCGUGAUGAGGCACUAGUAGUAAUUGGCGUUCUGACAAAGAAUGACGGCCAAUAUGGAUGAACGAAAGGGUUGUACUGUUCACACCGAAACAGCGAGCUGGAAGGCUAUGUCCAAGCAUUCAUGCCAUUGCCAUAGUGUGACAUUUUAUCGGAAUUAAGCUGCUUAAAGGGUGACCUCGCUUACUGAGUGCAUUACCAUCAUCCCCUGCGACGUGACGACGACAUAAUAGAUGGACAUGGGCCUACCCGAAUACAACAUUGAUGAUCUCAUUAAUCGCUCUCACGAGAUGAAAAAUUUCUCGCACUCUCCCUACAGCAACUUCCGAGUGGGGGCAGCACUAGUCACAGAGGAUGGAAGUAUAUUUUCGGGAUGUAACGUUGAGAACGCUGUGUUGGGGUUGUCGAUCUGUGCUGAAAAGACUGCCAUCUGUAAAGCUGUAUCUGAAGGACAUAAGAAGUUCGAGGUCAUGGUCGUCGCAAGUGAUAUGCAAGACCAGUUCAUUGCGCCUUGUGGUCCGUGUCGACAGUUCAUGGCGGAGUUUGGGAUGGAGACAGAAGUGUACAUGACGAAACCGGACAAGACUUACAACAAAAUGACUGUUUCUGAGCUUUUACCUGCUGGGUUUGAACCCUCACAUCUGCAGAAGAAAAGGGUUAAUGACAAUUAGAUAUACACAGAUAGACAGAAAAUUAGGGUCAAAGAUAAUUUGAAUAAGAAAAUGUGACCAUGUGUAAAUGUAUGCACGUCUCAAAUGUAUUGGAGGUUCAUGUGUUACCCUGCAUAGUAACAGUUUCCUUUGGUAUUUGCCUUGGUGGUCCUGGCAACUCGUCUCUCCCACCGGUCUGUAUUAAUAUUGUCAGUAAUAAAUGUUUUAUUUGGCCACA